UUCCACAUGACAAGUACUUGAAUGACAUUUGGCCAUCGUAGUGAGUAGCUACUCGUAUAGUAACACAUUUAAUUAAAAUAUAUGAGAAAAAGUAGGGGAAAUGUUAGCAGCGCCGGGAUGCUAGCUACAAUAUAAACAAACAGCAUUCACUAAGCUAACGUGGUUAGCUACUAGCUAGCAGGUGAAACAUGGAACACCUCAGGACUGUCAGAGCUUUUUUUUGUGUUCCUAAACUGUGGACACCUCUCAGAUGUACCAGACACUGCUCUAAUUUAGCUACAAACAACAACAGUGUCAUUUCCACAGAGAGGAAAGCGACGUUAGAGAAGUUCAAGAUUCAAAUAUCUUCUGGUCCAAGGUUUCAGGACUUUAUUAGAGGAGCUUCAGCUCAUCAAACUUCUGCUGCUGAAGAUGGUGAGAUGUUCUCUGAUAAAAGCAGCUAUCUGUCUGAAACCUCGGAGAUGGGGAGUUCAAGGAAAGUGUAUUUUGAAACCUACGGAUGUCAAAUGAAUGUGAACGACACAGAAAUAGCCUGGUCCAUAUUACAGAAGAAAGGAUACCAACGCACAGGCAACUUAAAAGAGGCAGAUGUUGUCCUCCUGGUCACCUGCUCCAUAAGGGAAAAAGCCGAACAAACAAUUUGGAAUAGACUACAACAACUCACAGCUAUGAAGAAGAAGCGCUUAAGGACCCGUAUCCCCAUGAAAAUAGGGAUUUUAGGUUGCAUGGCCGAGCGGCUGAAGGCGGAGCUUUUGGAGCGCGAGAAGCUGGUGGAUGUCCUGGCUGGUCCGGAUGCUUACCGGGACCUCCCUCGCCUUCUGAUGGUCGCUGAUGGAGGUCAACAGGCCAGUAACGUGCUGCUGUCGCUGGAGGAGACGUACGCGGACGUCAUGCCCGUCCACCAUUCACCUCAGGGAUACAGCGCCUUUGUCUCCAUCAUGCGAGGCUGUGACAACAUGUGCAGUUACUGCAUCGUUCCCUUCACCAGAGGGAGAGAGAGGAGUCGACCGCUCAGCUCCAUUCUGGAGGAAGUCCAGAUGCUUUCAGACCAGGGCGUGAAGGAGGUGACGUUACUGGGUCAGAACGUCAACAGCUACAGGGACACGUCAGAGGAGCAGUUCUCUGGCUCAGAUCAGACCCAGCUCAGCCGCGGAUUUAAGACCGUUUACAAAACCAAACAGGGCGGUCUGCGCUUCUCAGACCUGCUGGACCGAGUGUCCCUCAUCGAUCCUGACAUGAGGAUCAGAUUCACCUCUCCACACCCCAAGGACUUCCCAGACCAGGUUUUGCAUCUGAUCGCAGAGCGAAGAAAUAUCUGUAAGCAGAUCCAUCUUCCAGCUCAGAGUGGGAGUAAUGAGGUUUUAAAAGCAAUGCGUCGUGGCUACACACGAGAGGCCUACCUGGACCUGGUGGAGAACAUCAAGAAAAUCAUCCCAGGGGUGAGUCUCAGCAGUGACUUCAUCUCAGGAUUCUGUGGUGAAACUGAGGACGACCACCAGGAGACGCUGUCUCUGAUCAGAGCAGUGGGAUACAACAUCGGCUUCCUGUUUGCCUACAGUAUGAGAAAGAAAACCCACGCCUUCCAUCGGCUUCAGGACGACGUGCCGGCGGAGGUGAAGCAGCGCAGACUCGCUGAGUGUAUUAGUGUUUUCAGAGAAGAAGCAACGAGGGUCAACGCUGCUCUGGUUGGCAGCACACAGCUGGUCCUGGUGGAGGGGGAAAGUAAAAGAUCUGCCAACGACCUGUGUGGGAGAACUGAUGGGAAUAUGAAAGUGAUUUUCCCUAAAGAGGAUGUCGCUGUCGGAUCUGGGUUCAACGAUGAACCAGUCCACGCUGGAGACUACGUCCUGGUGAAGAUAUCUUCAGCCAGUUCUCAGAGCCUGAGAGGCCGAGCCCUGGCUCACAGCUCCCUGAGAGCCUCGACCAAGGGCUUUAACACUGACUUUAGACACCGACCACAUCACGGACAAACUGCCUCAGACGCAACAUGACUGAACCGGGACGUUAACUGGAACUGCACAUUCUGAUUUUGGAUUCAAACUGGCAGAGCGUGGCCUUCUGCUGUCCAGACUCAUGUGGUCUGAUGAGCUGCUGUGUAUGUUCAUAGAAACACAGCCUAUUAUAAGUGAAGUGUGCUUUCCAUAGUCGGCCCAAACUUUGUUAAUAUACAUGGAUAUAUAUGGAGCUGCAGAGAAUAAAACCCAAAAGGACACAGCAAAUUGUACAAGGGCUGAUUUGUUUUAGCAGUGUUUGAUCAAUGUCAGGAUGGGUUUUAUGGGAUUCUCCAAACCGCUGUUAAAAUGUCACGGAUCAGCACAUUUGAGGAAAAUUGCUCAAAGUCGGAAACUUUAGGAGAGAUUUUUACCUAAAGUCAGCAGCAGAAAGUGCUGUGAUCUGCUUUGGGAGGAGAGCUUUAUUUCAGAAUGGAUGAUUGUGGCGACAGCAGACGUUAUCCAGCAGAAUGUUUCCUGCAGGAAGACUUUUCACUGUCAACUUCUACAUUUAAUAUGAAGAAACAUGGCCUGAAUAAACAAAUAAACAGACCGUAUCAGUGCACAAUAA